AUGCCCCAGAGAUGCAAGAAACUGUGCCAAGAGAAUGAAAUCUGGGACUCGUGUGGCUGCUACCUCGGCCGAAGUCCAGCGUAUGAGUCGUCCUUUAGUCGUCCAGGGAGCAAGUGUUCGCCUUUCAACAUCACCGAAAAGCUGUGCAUGGAGACGGUGAGGUUCUCCUACCAGAACGGCCUUCUGAACUGCGACUGCCCGCCCGCCUGCAACGACACCGUCUACAACACCAAAGUGACGACGAGCGAGGACAACACCAAGUUCUACACCAUCGUGCAAAACAUCAAGCAGGCCAACAUGGGCGACGACCUGUGCCUCGGGACGCAGAACGAGACGGUGCGGCUACACGUGUACCUGGAGUCUCUCACGUACGAGGUCAUCCACGAGAGCCCCGCCUACACGUGGGACACCCUGGUCUGCAACGUGGGGGGGAACCUCGGUCUCUUCAUCGGCAUGUCUCUCGUGACGAUCGUGGAGGUGUUCGAAUUCCUGCUCGACCUCGGCCUCCUGUGCUUCACCUCCCGAAGGAAGACGAAGCCGGAGUCGCAGCUGGUGGAAGUCAAGCCGACGGGACGAGUCGCUGCGCCCGUCGCCCAGGGGGUUCCCGAGGCAGCUGACUCCCUCGUCCCGCCAGAGGUCGCUGACGGCAGCACGCAGACGAAGGUGACUCUGCAUCCCUUCAGAAAAGACUCUACGUGGAAGCUGCGGGCCAUGGGAAGGAAACCCCGCGUGAAGAUGGCUUUCAAUAGGGUAUUUUUGAGUCAGUGAGCUUCCGCGUGUGAGCUAAGAUGCGU